AUCAAAUUAUAUUUAUGUCUUUUGAUUAUAAAUAUAACAAAAGUACACACAACACGUACCGACUUAUAAAAAGUUAGGUCACUGUCACCAACAUGGCGGGUGCAGUGAAGCAGACAACUGGUCUUGUUGGCCUUGCUGUUCGUGCAAAGCCUCAUGACACACUUAAGGGCAUUUACAAGAAAGUACUAGGUGUUUUGGGUAAUAUGCCAGAAGAUGCUGCUUACAGGCAGUACACAGAAGAAAUGAUCAAGGAACGCUUAGAACAUGUCAAAACGGAGCCAGAUGUCAGUAAACUAGAAAGUAAGAUAGACUGUGGUCAAAUAGAAGAGGUUGUUUUGCAGGCCCAAGCUGAAUUAUCAUUAGCACGUAAAAUGUUGGAAUGGAAAGCCUGGGAACCUCUGAUCGAAGAUGCUCCUGAAGGACAAUGGAAGUGGCCAUGAUCACCCCUAUACUCAAAUGGAAUAGUCAAUUUUUUGCCCAUGUUCAGUUACUAUGGACACAUUAUUGCCAAUGUUAUUUUUUUGGUAGAAUUUAAAAAACAACAAACACUAGAUCGUUUUUCUUCUGUGUUCUAACAUGAAAUAAGAAGUAUUAUAUAAAUAUGAUUGGUAAGUUUAUGAUGUGCAGCUACUGUGUGUUAUGAAAGAAUAAACAUUUAAGAAAUUAUCAAAAACAAAGA